AUGCUACGCGCAACUGGAAGUGUUAUCCCCCGUUGUAUUCAAGUUGUAAAUUUCUCAAGCGGCAAGGAGUUCAUCAACCUGUUUUACACACAUUUGCGUGCUCAACAUUUCAGACCGUUAAAAGCCUGCACAGGUCAGGUAAAAAUGUUUGAAGAGAUUCAGUCGAACAAGAGGAAGCAGGUUGAGGAGGGGGAGUCGUGCGAGGCGGUCAAGAGGACCAAGUUAGUCCCGAUCGGGGGAGGAUUAGCGGUAGGGGCAUCAUCAAAGGAGGAAAAGGGCAACCAGGUGAAGAUUGAAGAGGAUGACUCGAUUAGCAAAGAAACAACAGAUGAUGUGGAGGCAGAGAAGGAUGACCUGGUCAGCAAGGAAGAAAGAGACCAGGUGAAGAUUGAAAAGGAUGAUCCCCCGAGUGCGUAUCCCUCCUUCGUGUGUGCAACGGAAAUGAUGCAAGCGAGCGAUACGGUCACUGUAAAGGUGAGCGAUACAGUCACUGUAAAGGCGAGCGAAAAUAACGAACCGGUCGAAACAAAGGAAGGGGAAGUAAAAACAAUCGUUACGUGGAACAUGAACAGUAUAACUGUAAGAUACAAAAACAAGGAAAAGUGGAAUGCCUUUAUGAGUUUCUUUAAUCGAAUCAAUGCAGACGUGUUGUGUUUUCAGGAGGUACGACUACCUGCCCUGAAUCUGUACGACGCGAAAGAAGCGAAGGAUGGAGAACGAGACAGAGGGAAGGUGAAAAAUACAGACCAGAAGAGUCAAGUGGAUUUUGAUAUCAUGGAGAAAAUUCUGAAAGAAGAUUUUCACAACUACAAUGCCUACUUCAGUUUAGCGAACAUAAAAUAUAGUGGACAGCUUGUCUUGGUAAAGAGAAGCAUACCGAUAAAAUCCAUUCGAUACAACCUGUCGUUUGAUUUGGACCCGAGAGAACAUCAUCACGAGGGUAGGGUGAUCAUUGUGGAGUUUAGUAAGUUCUAUCUCUUAAGUACAUACACACCGAACAACGGAUUUGAACCUGUUAAGUUUGAAAGAAGGAGGUUGUUCGAUGAGAAGCUAAAAGAGUUUGUAUCCGUUUUACGAAAUAAGAAGAAGAACUUGGUAUGGACAGGAGAUCUUAACAUCGCACCCGAGGACACUGAUUUAUCACAUCCCGCUGAAUUUAGAAGAAUGAAAAAGGGAAAUGUUCCAAAGGAGUUCGUUGGACAACCUGGUUGCACCGACUUUGAACGGAAGAAUUUUAGGGGUAUUCUUUCCGCAGGGGAUUUAAUCGACUCGUAUAGGCAUUUGGCAAACCUACGCGCUAACAAAGGGGAGCCUGGUAAGGCCACGCACAACAGGGCGGUUAGUGAUAUAAACGAUAACAUCUACACGUGGCGGUGCCCCUUCCUCAUGGGGAAGAGUUGUAACAAAGCCAUGCGAAUUGAUCACUUUAUCGUGUCAAGAGAUUUCAUGCCGAACGUGGAAAACGUGGAAAUACACGGAUACAGUGUUUUCCACAACAACUUUUACGGCUCGGACCAUUGUCCAGUGAUUCUACACCUGAGGGGGGGGUGA